UUUUAUGUUUUCCUACGAAAUGUCUCAACAACAACAAGCUCAGCAGGAUGAGUGAGACCGUGCUGCAAAAUUGAGACUUUUUUGUCAUGGAUCUAGUCAAUCUAGUGUACAAGUUCUUAUAGAAAGAAGAGGGCAACCGAACACCGAACAACUCGACGAUUAAUUGCAUGCUACAAACUCCAUUUGCUCUACACGUUAUUUACUUGUACUGCUACGACGCAUCUGUGAAAGCAAAUCAGAGAUCAGUCUAUGAUCAGUCAGUCGUUGUUCCACACUGGCCGUGGAAUCAGCUUAUCUUCCAUGCACGCUGUACUCGCACUUAUCUUCACGGUUUAUUCACACCAUCGACUUAUUAAUGUAGACGUGGCUCAACAAACAACAACAGUUCAUUUCACUUGCUCCAGUUCUAAAUAACGGCUGCGAAAUAUUGAGGAAAGUGAGACGUUCGCUGAAUAAUAUCGAACCACUUUUGAUACGAUAUCAUCAUGAACUUCGCUCCCAACGGCGCUCUGAUCGUGGUGUCCAACCGGCUUCCAUUCAUCUUGAAGUACAAUGAGGACACGGAAACAUUCGAACGGAAAUCUAGUGCCGGUGGCCUGGUCACAGCAGUGGCACCGGUGGUGGUGCAAUGCAGUGGGAUGUGGGUCGGAUGGCCAGGCGUGUAUCCUGAGGACCAUGGAAAACUGGAUGUUGAUCCCAUCCCAGAAUCUGAUCCUACUGAUAAGACCCCAACUGCCGGAUUAAAGUCCAAACAGAUUGUUCCAGUGCUCCUUGAUCAAACCACGUUCAACUCGUACUACAAUGGAUGCUGCAAUGGGACAUUUUGGCCACUUUUCCAUUCAAUGAGCGAUCGAGCUGUGUUUAGCGCCGAUAGCUGGGAGGCGUAUGUCACAGCCAACGCAGUUUUUGCUGAGAAAACAUUGGAUGCUUUGCGCACAGCGAAUGAAAACAUGUCCCCCGACGCUCCACCACCUCUCGUUUGGAUUCACGACUAUCAUUUGAUGACCGUGGCGAACACGAUUCGUCAGAAGGCAGACGAAGAAGGGCUGAAAUGUAAACUGGGAUUCUUUCUCCAUAUCCCGUUCCCUUCGUGGGACAUUUUCCGCCUGUUUCCCAGAGAUGACGAAGUGCUUCAAGGAAUGCUGGGCUGUGACAUGAUCGGCUUCCACAUUGUGGAUUACUGCCUCAACUUUAUUGACUGUUGCCAGAGAAGGCUGGGCUGUCGGGUGGAUCGGAGCUCGAUGUUGGUGGAAGUCGGGGGAAGAACCGUUCGUGUUCGCCCUCUUCCCAUCGGAAUCCCGUUUGACCGUUUCGUGAAAAUGGCUGAAGAGGCCCCGCAAAUGGUGUCAUGCAGCAAUCAGAAACUUAUUUUAGGAGUGGAUCGACUGGACUACACGAAAGGUCUGGUUCACAGACUUAAGGCGUAUGAGCGUCUGUUGGAAAAAUAUCCCGACUAUAAGGAAAAGGUUGCUUUCCUUCAAAUUGCUGUGCCCUCGCGGACGGAUGUCAAGGAGUAUCAGGAUCUUAAGGAAGAACUGGACCAACUCGUGGGUCGGAUAAAUGGGAGGUUCACAACUCCUAAUUGGAGUCCUAUUCGAUACAUAUACGGAUGUGUUGGCCAAGAUGAACUCGCAGCCUUUUACAGAGAUGCCGCCGUAGCGCUGGUCACACCUUUGAGGGACGGAAUGAACCUUGUGGCCAAGGAGUUUGUGGCAUGCCAGAUUAAGGAGCCUGGAGUACUGAUUUUGUCUCCGUUUGCUGGAGCAGGGGAAAUGAUGCAUGAGAGUCUCUUAGUAAAUCCUUAUGAGCUGGACGACGCUGCGGAAGUUCUGCACAGGGCACUGUCAAUGCCACUGGAUGAACGAGAAGUUCGAAUGUCCUAUUUGCGAAAACGAGAAAAGACAUAUGAUGUGAAUCACUGGAUGAGAUCAUUCCUAAAGGAAAUGGGAAGUUUGACUGUAGAAGAUGGCGAUGAAGUUCUUCCUACAACAAUGACACCCUUGACUAUGGACGACUUUGAGGAAAUUCUUGCCAAAUACGUUGGAACUAAUUUCAAGCUGGCUUUGCUGCUGGAUUAUGACGGAACUCUCGCUCCGAUUGCACCCCAUCCAGAUUUGGCCACAAUACCCACCGAAACCAAAAAGGUUUUGGAACGGCUAAGCAGCAUGUCGGAUGUCUACAUUGCAAUCGUGUCGGGCAGAAAUGUAGAAAAUGUAAAGAAAAUGGUGGGCAUUCCGAAUGUCACUUAUGCUGGGAAUCAUGGCUUGGAAAUUGUGCAUCCUGAUGGAACCAAGUUCGUCCAUCCCAUGCCCGUCGCAUAUGAGGAGAAAGUGAGCACUCUACUCAAAGAACUGCAGGAAGAAUUAUGUCACGACGGGGCUUGGGUGGAGAACAAAGGGGCCGUGCUGACUUACCAUUAUCGUGACACACCUCUGAAUUUGAGACCACCAAUGAUUAGCAGAGCGAGCGAGCUGAUGGUUAGGAAUGAUUUCGUAGUGGCCAAGGGCCAUUGCAUCGUGGAGGCGAAACCACCAGUCCUCUGGAACAAGGGCCGUGCUUCCGUUUACAUCUUGAGAACAGCCUUUGGUGUGGACUGGCACGAGCGGGUCAGGAUUGUUUACGCCGGAGAUGAUGCCACUGAUGAAGACGCAAUUCAAGCAUUAAAGGGGAUGGCAGUCACAUUCAGAGUGACUCCGUCGCAUUCUGUGAGAACCUUGGCCGACCGACGCCUCCCAAGCACUGAUUCUGUUCUCAUGAUGUUGAAGUGGGUGGAACGUCACGUGAGCAAGCGAAAGCCGAGACAUAACUCAACAAGCACCCCGACCAGCAAGCAUCUCAUGACAUUGAUUGGUGGGGAGGAAGGAGUUGGUGCGCAAAUGUUUCUACCAGAAGAAAUCCCCACGCCUCCAGUGUCUCCCUACCUCAAUGGCAACGGGACAAGUCAUCUUCAUGACACGGACUGAAUUAUUCUGCAUUACAAAUCGUAAAACGUGGUCCACCAAAAUAUGUAACUACUACCCAUACAUAUAUAUAUAUAUAUACAUAAAUACGAUGACAGUACCAAGUCUGAAACCAGAACUCAUUUCUAAAAUAUUCUUGUACGCAAAAGUAUGAAAGAAAUCUUCAAGAACCAGUUCCCACGUGAUGCGCUUCAAAAUACGAAUUUGUUUGUCGUCAAAAUUGCAUGUAGUUUUUCCGUGUACAUAUUGAAUAAGUAGAUUUAUAUGCAACUCGUGAUCUUCCACGCUGACUGACUGCUACAUAUUCUUGUGGUCGUCAUAUUUAGCCGAAAAUCUAUUAAUUAAGAUAACUUGUCCCCAUUUAUCCGACCUCUCUUUCUUGGUAGAGAAGACAAGCUAAUCCAUCUGCCUCAGAACCGUAAAUAACAACUCGUUCAAAUUGACAGUAUUCCUCUAACCAAACUGAUUAGUACUUAAAAAUUACUAUGCUAAAUAGAAUGUUCAUUGCAAUUUUGAUUAUGAAAAUAAUUUACAGCAAUAUUUUUAUAUUCCAUAAGACAAUUCAGUAGCUUUCUCCAUACAUACAUAGAAUAUAUAAAGCUGCACGAUUGAUGAUGAUAACUUGAUAACUCAGGUCUUUCACCCAUGAGACAAUUCUGAUUAAAUUUAAAUACAUAUGUGCAAGGAUUAUACGAUUAUGAACUUGUUUUUGAAGGGCUAAUUAAUCAUUAGCUAAUCAAUACUUUUGUUCUUACUAUUUUGUAAGAGCAUCUCACAAUUUACAGGCUGGAAUUUCAUUUUUUAGCAUUGGCAGAAUCUCAGCUAAUUUCUAUGUAAUUAACUGAGGUUUGGCGUUUUAUGUAAUUUCCAUAAAUUGUAAGCUUCCAGUACACAAUUCACUUUUAAGUUUAGUACUACUGGUUAAAAUUCAUACUGGUAAAAAUAAAAUAAAAACAAUGAUAAUGCAA